AAUCACUCCGAACCCCUAUGUACAUAAAAAAUAUUUAUAUACAAUCGAGUGGCUUGUAGCAAACCCUGUCACAUUUUUGCAAAUGGGGUUAAAAAUUGAGCUUGUCGUUCUUUUCCUGUUCAUUCUCGCCGUCGGUGUUGUUUCUCUCCUGUGUAUAGAAGCGGGGACAAUAACGGGCCAAACAGAGAUAAAAGAAUGCGAUGCAAGUAAUCUUGAAACUUUGGAGACUGACAACGGGACUGAAGAAGAAGACGAGAGAAAUGAAACUCAUUCAAGGGCAAAAGAAGAAUACCCUGAAGAAAGGGAGAAAAAAGUGGUCGAAUUUAGGUGUUUCACGACUUCGGCUUCAAUUGGACGAAAGCGCAGCGUCAUGAAGGGGUGCACCAUGAAAAAUGGGUGCUUAAAAAUAAAAAGGCGGCUAAAGAAGGCAAAUUUAAAACAAAUUAUGUGUAAGGAAUGUGGGACGCAUCUGUGUAAUUCGGCGAAAAAAAUGUUUUUUUUACAAAUUGCACCGUUGUUAUUACUACUCAUUGCAGGGAGAGUGCUCUAAAUAAAAGUAAACCGAUAAGUGAACAAAACUUUUAAUUCUAAUUUAUUACAACAGUUUGAACACUAAAACUGGCAAAGAGAGUGAAAAAAAAGUGAAAAGAUGCGUUUUCGGGGCGGAAUUGCACAAAGCCCCCUCGCAUUCGUAGCACUUGGCAUCACCUGAAAAGGGCAACAUGCUCGUGAGGGCCCCCUCCAUCAAGCCACAGCCCCCUUUCGGGACACAUCCCUUCACAAUUGCGGUUUGUCCUAGUGCAAUAAAUCAGUUUAGGAUAUACAAAAAAAAUAAAAUUACCGUCUCCUUGAACCACGAAUUUAAAACAGGUCAUGUCGAGUUUAGACACGUCCAAUCUUCGUUCGAAUUUUUUCAAACUUUGACUGCAGUCUUGGGGAGAGUGCUCUGAGACUCCUUUGGCCAAAGCUUCCAGAUUUGUGGAGUAACAUUCCAUGCAAAAUGCUAUUUUUUUGAAUAAAUUUAAUAAAUUUAUUCUUAAAAAUGUUUGCUACUCACAGUUUUUGAUGGAAAUGAUUGC